AUGGGACGGUUCACUGGAGACACCAAAGAUCCGGCCGUCAAUGUAUCGACAUGGUUCCUGCUCGUGACUGCGUCGCUGAGCGUCAUCUUUCGACUGGGGACCAAGUACGGCUCGUUCCGCACGCUCACAAACGAUGACUAUCUCAUAGUUGUAUCGCUGAUCUUCUGUAUCGGCCAAUCCAUCGCUGUAUCGAUGGCUGUCGCAAACGGAUAUGGAUACCACUUCUCCACGCUCACCCCGGAGCGCUUCGACAACAUGAUGAAGUCUCUAUUUCUCGAAGAUAUCCCUUUCAUGUUUCAUCCGCAACCUGACGCCGACAGCCAAAGAUCAUCGCGUCGCCAACGUGGUGCAAAUAUCGGUGACCGUUAUGGCCGUGAUAUGUCUACUGGGAACCGCCUUUCAAUGCAGCGUACCGAGGACCUGGAAUUACUACACGGGGAAAUGCAUGAACCUGGUAUUAUCUCCCACCACCCGCAAGUAUACACCAACAAGAGGGCGACAACACUAACCAGCCCAACAGAUAGCAUGGCACUACUUUACGGGAAUCAUGAACAUUGUGACCGACACCAUGAUCACCUCGCAGGCGCUCUACUUGAUCGCGCGCAUCCAAACGUCCUGGAAACGCAAGUUCGUGUUCGCAAGUAUCUUUUUAUCUCGAGUCCUGUCAGUCCAAUCCCCCAUUACCCAAAUGUAUCACCCACUAACCAAACCAAUCCUCCGAACAGAGUUAUCCUCAUCAGCAUCGUGGAACUCAUCCUAGUCUCUCAAAACGACGCAACCCAUGACCCCUCCUUCUCCACCUGGGGGGUAACCAUCAGCGUGGAAACGAUCCAAUGUCUCAGCAUCGUGACAGCCUGCUGGGCGCAACUGAAACCAUUCCUAAACAUGCUCAAAUCGAACGGCCUCCGGAUCCAAGGCGUGGACUACCGAUCGACGAACAACAGAUCAAAAUGGUCGACGACACGGUCGGCGAAUCGCACAGAGAGCAAGUAUACACGCAGUGGAGAGCACGAGCUGGUGGGAAUGGGGGCUGGACAGGGGAACAUUACGACGGUAUCGGCAGCGAGGUUGUCGGAUGAUGAUAGUCAGUCCAGUCAGGCGGGGAUUAUUCGGGAGGUGAGGACGUGGGUGUGCAAGAGAGACAAGCAACAGCAACAAGCACAAGCAGUUAAGCAAACUAGACCCCAAUGGUCUCGACUCGGGUAA